AUGCGCCUCGUCGCCGCCGCAGUAGCGGCGCUUCUCGUGCCUUGCGCCGGCGUGCUCGCGAGCCCCGUGGCCGUGACUGACGCCGCGCCGCUCUCGCCCUUCCUCGCGUCGUCGGCACAGACAAACACCAUCCCAAUGCCCCCGCAGGGCAUCUACAUGAUCGGGGUGACGAGUCCGCUCGUGCAGCUCGGCCCGACGGGGCUGGGCUCGCCCGCGCAGACGUGGAACAUGUCCUUCACGAACGUGACCAACGACAAGUUUGUGCCGGGCAUGAUUGGGCUCGGGCAGGCGAGCUUCAUCACCAGCCUCCAGGGCAGUGCCGGCGCGACCGUCCACAUGCAGUUUGUGGGGACGGGCCUGAGCCUGCUCGGCAGUGCGGGGCUGUUUGACGCGCUCGACUGGCGCGUCGACGGCGUGCCAUACAACCCCGAGAGCGGGACCACCAACUGGGGCUUUGCGUGGGCCGCCGAGGUCGCGUGGGCGCGUAACCUCCCAUACGGGCUGCACAACGUCUCGAUGGUGGUCACGACGACGUACGACAAGAUUAUGAUCUCGGAGGCGAUGGUGAUCACUGGCAUUCAGGGCGCCACGCUCACCGACUCGUCCACCGACCCGCUCCGCCAAAUCACCCCCGCAGUCGACGGCACAGGCAGCCCCAACAAGCUUUUCCAGACCACGGGCCAGUGGGAUGUGUACUCGCCGAACGAGGGCGACGUUGUCACGCGUCAAGCCUUCCCGUGGGCGGGGUACACUGUGCUGCGCACCAACAACAGCGCGUCAUUCAACUUUGUGCUGCCCAAGCGAACGUCGUAUGUCGAGGUCUGGGGGUCUACCGGGUGGGGCUUCGCCAACUACACGGUGACUAUCACGCCGUCGCCACCCUUCAAUCCGCCGGUGAUCACGUACUCGGCCCAAACGGCGUACUAUGUCCCGGUGUACAUCCUCUCGUCGGCGAUUCUCGACCCUGCCGUCGACUACCAGGUCGAGUACAAGUGCUUUGGCGGCGGCACGGCAGAGAUCUACAACGUACAGUACUUCCUUGCCAACACCACGUCGUCGACCGGUGGAACAGGGUCAAGCAGCGGCGUGUCGGUCGGCGCGCUCGCAGGUGGCAUCGCCGGCGCGCUCGUCGUAGGCCUCGCAAUUGCGGGUCUUAUCGGCUUCGCCUACCACCGGUCAUACAAGAAGAAGAACGUGACCCAGCCGAUGUUCGAAGUGGAAAGCGCGCACGACGCGCGCCCCGAGCCCUUCUAUGCCACCUCGCCAGAGAUGCAGGGGUACGCCGACGGCGAGCUGGGUCUCGGGUCCGCGACGGCCACGUCGCUCGGGGGCUCGACGGUGCGCGCGCACAGCCCCGUGUCGCCGCGCCGGUCGAGCCAGGGCGGUGUGGGCGACGACGCGACCUCCUCCGGCGCAGGAGGGGACGCGAGCAGCCCGCGCUCGUCGCGCACGACGUUCAAGUCGCCGCGACUCAGCAUCGUGCCCGAGCUGAGCCUGCCUCUGCGCCGCGCGAACGCCCCCCUGCCCGUCACUGUGCAAGAGCGCGACUCGGGCGCCCAUGUCAUCCACAUUGUCGAGUACGUGCCCCCCCCGUACGACGCCAGCCUGCGCGCCACAACCCCGACCGGGACGACAAUCGCCAGCCCGGCCGCGACGCUCACGGCGCCUACUGCCACCUCGAUGGAGGGCACGCUCGAAGACGACCCCAUCAAGCCGGGCGGCGUGCGCCCCCUCCCCAGCGCGCCGAACUAG